AUGGAUCAUUGAUCUAUAGGAAUCUUGUAAAAAUUGACUGAAAUAUUCACUGGCAAAGCCACUCCUUCCAAGCUCCUAUGGCCCCUGGCAGUAGCAAUUUCCAUAUUAUCCUCCAAAAACUGCUCAAUCUCUCUCCUCCAUGCAACUGCCAAGCAAACCAACAAAGCCUCUAAACUGACCAAAACCACCGUCUUCUCCUUUGCAAUCUCUAACUUUCUUCUCGAAAACAUCACCUGCAAUGGCUUCCCUCUCAAUUGGAUUACACCAUCUCAAUCCAAUCAAUCAAUUCAAGAAACACUCUGUCCGAUUUCCAUCUCCCGUUCAUCUAUCUUCACUUUCUUCUCGGUCUUGUUUCGCUCUGUCUCCGCUUAGAUUAUGUUCAAGAUUGCUUGGCAGUGGUCUCCUUGCUAGAGCUGAAGAUAAGGCUAGAGGGUCUUCUUCUUCUUCAAUACAGAGACAAGCUCAACAGCCCAGUAGUGAAAAGCAGCUUCAGGAGCUGACAUCUCAAGCUGGUUCAUGUGAUCCUUUAUGUUCAGUAGAUGAAACUAGUUCACAAGAUUUUGCAGCCACUUACCAGCCAAAGACUGAUUUGCUAAAAGCUCUUGCAGUUUUCGCAGCAGCUGCAACAGGGGCUGCAGCAAUUAACCAUUCCUGGGUUGCAGCCAAUCAGGAUCUUGCUAUGGCAUUACUCUUCGGAAUUGGAUAUGCAGGCAUCAUUUUUGAAGAGUCUCUAGCUUUCAACAAAAGUGGAGUAGGAUUACUGAUGGCUGUGAGCUUAUGGAUAGUUCGAAGCAUUGGGGCGCCUUCAACUGAAAUAGCUGUUUCGGAGUUGACACAUGCUUCUGCAGAAGUAAGUGAGAUCGUGUUUUUCUUGCUUGGUGCCAUGACCAUCGUGGAGAUUGUUGAUGCUCAUCAAGGAUUUAAGCUGGUCACUGACAAUAUAACCACUCGAAAGCCCAAGACUCUACUUUGGGUGGUUGGAUUUGUGACAUUUUUCCUUAGUUCAAUCCUUGACAACUUGACAUCUACCAUUGUAAUGGUUUCUUUGUUGAGGAAACUAGUACCUCCAUCAGAAUACCGCAGGCUUCUAGGAGCUGUUGUUGUGAUUGCAGCGAACUCAGGUGGUGCAUGGACUCCUAUAGGUGAUGUUACAACUACAAUGCUAUGGAUACAUGGUCAGAUAUCCACAUUGCCAACAAUGAAGGGUUUGCUAGUACCUUCAGUUGUUUCUCUAGCUAUUCCGCUGGCUCUUAUGUCUCUCACUAGUGAAGUUAAUGGAAAGGAACAGGAAUCCCCUAAUGUUUUGGCUUCUGAACGUAUGGCUCCUCGGGGACAGCUUGUUUUUUCUGUGGGUUUUGGUGCUUUGAUUUUUGUUCCAGUGUUCAAGGCCCUAACUGGAUUGCCUCCAUAUAUGGGCAUGCUUCUUGGGCUUGGAGUACUUUGGAUUGUUACAGAUGCUAUUCAUUAUGGUGAAUCAGAAAGGCAGAAGUUAAAAGUACCGCAGGCUUUAUCUCGGAUUGACACUCAAGGAGUCCUUUUUUUCCUUGGAAUCCUUUUGUCAAUCAGCAGCCUGGAGGCAGCAGGGAUUCUUCGCGAAUUGGCAAAUUACCUUGAUGCGCAUAUUCCAAAUGUUGAACUUGUUGCAACUGCAAUAGGGUUGGUAUCAGCAAUUAUAGACAAUGUUCCACUGGUUGCAGCAGCGAUGGGAAUGUAUGAUCUCACCUCAUUUCCUCAGGAUUCUGAGUUUUGGCAGCUAGUUGCGUACUGUGCUGGUACUGGCGGUUCCUUGCUAGUAAUCGGCUCUGCUGCUGGAGUUGCAUAUAUGGGGAUGGAAAAGGUGGACUUCUUCUGGUACUUCCGGAAGGUGAGUGGUUUUGCUUUUGCUGGUUAUGCUGCUGGCAUUGCUGCAUACUUAGCAGUUCAUAACCUUAACGUCUCCCUACCCACAACACUAGCUGAGAUUCCAUUCCUUUCGGGUUCAUAAAUUGCAGUGCUUUUACUGGGUCCAAGCAACGAUGCAGCCAUCCAUGCAAGGCUAUUCUAAUAAGAAGUAUAGAAAAAUCGAAUUGAAUAUUGAUUAGAUAUAAUAAAUUAAGGUUGAUUUGAUAAUAUGCUCUCACACAAAAACAUUUUGUGAACUUUGAUCAGAAACAUUACAUUGUUUCCUCUCUAGAGCAAUUUGAGCUGAGAUGUCGGCAUGUCCCUCUCCGCUUAAUCAAAAGCAUUGGCAUAGUGCAGAGAAGCUGGAGUGAGCAUGCAACAUCUUAUCCAUUUGUUUCUGUAGAUACGCUUAGAGCUGAUCAUUAAAUCGGUCAAGGCUUUAAAGUUUUA